AUGUGCAGCUACUACGGUAGCAUUGACGAGACUACGCCUCUAAAGGGCUUGCAACCCGCCAAGACCGCGCGUCGCGUUCCAUUGACAAAAGACGCCAAGCGGGCACAGCGUAAGCUACAGCUCGCGUGCAUUUGUUCGCUGUUCUUCAUGUGUGCAGAAGUCGCUGGUGGCUUUUUGGCCGGCAGUCUGGCUAUCAUGACGGACGCCGCACACUUGCUGUCGGACGUCACAAGCUUCUGUAUCUCGCUGUUUGCUAUCUGGGUGAGCACACUGCCGGCCUCGAACCGCCUUAGCUUCGGCUUUCAGCGGGCUGAGGUGAUUGGCGCCGUCACGAGUGUGCUGGUCAUCUGGGUGCUCACGGGAGUGUUAGUCUACACCGCGGUGGAGCGAUUUAUGGAGUGUUUGGAGCCCAAUCCGACGGAGCACGUAAACGGUAAACUCAUGUUCAUUGUGGCCUGUAUUGGGCUAUUGGUGAACCUAAUUCUGAUGCAGAUCUUGGGCCACGGACACAGUCACAGAGGAGGUAGCCACGGUCAUUCGCACGGAAACAGCCAUGGCCAUGCUCAUAGAGACAGCACGAGUUCCAGUAGCGAAAAGGAGCUACAAGGCCACUCUCAUGGAAACCUUGAGAAUGGCGAAGCUCCAAAGAUCAAGAAGAAACUAGAGAACUUAAAUAUUGAGGCUGCCUAUAUCCACGCUCUUGGUGACUUUAUCCAGAGUGUUGGUGUGUGUAUCGCCGGUGGCCUCAUCUGGUACAAACCCGAGUGGCAGAUUGCUGACCCUAUUGCCACAUUCAUUUUCUCAGUGUUGGUUCUAGGUACAACGAUCGGCAUUGUUCGGGACAGUAUCCACGUGCUAAUGGAAGGUACACCGGACGGCAUCAACGCUGACGAGAUCAAACGCGGUCUGCGUCACUGCUCGUCCGUGGAGACCGUGCAUGAUCUACACAUCUGGUCGCUCAGCGUCGGGCUACCGUCGUUGUGUGUGCACCUGGUGUCGGACGACGCAGAGACGGCUCUGCACGCAGCUCAGCGCUAUCUCAUGUCUAAGGGCAUCACACACACGACGAUUCAGGUCGAGAAGACGGCGACGCGGUACCCACGCGACUGUAACUCGGACUUAAAAUGUGGUCAGGACUCUACGUACUACAUAGAAUAA